AUGGACAAUCAAGACGUCAAUCUGAAAACCACCGAAAAUAGAACCGAUAAGGAAACCAGCAUCACUAACACAAAGUCUCUUCCUGCACCACUGCAACAAGUCAUAUCCCGCAAUCCGCCAUGGACAUAUUUCAAACUACACCUAAUCUCCCAAUCAACACGUCCCAUCAGAAAUCUAACCAUCGACGCACUCACGGCACGCACAUAUCUCACUGCCGCCCUAUCCCAAUUCCUCGGAUUGAUGGGCACAAGUAUAUCGAUAGACAUACUCAAGAUUGAGCAGAAUACUGCUUCUGAUCCUCCCGAGGUAUGGAUCCGAGUUCCGCGCGAUGAUGCUGCGGCUGUGUUCGCCGCGUUGAGUUCGUGGGUGGGCGCGUUACCUGCUGCUGCUGUGGCUUCUUCUUCCUCUCCUCCGUCAUCUUCUUAUGGAGGAGCUGCUGCUUCUGUUGCUGAUAGUGGGGUGGCGUGGAGGGUUUGCGCAAAAGGGAACUAUUUAGCUGCUAUUGUGCAUGGGUCUGGAGAUGAUGCUUUUCAGCCAUAG